GAAAAAAGACUGAUAAUACUGAAUAAAAUAAAAUAAAGUAAAAAGAAAUGAGGUGAGGGUUUAGAGAGAAGUGCUCGAAUCUUCCUCCUCUUCCUCCUCCUUCCUCUGUGUUGUUGAAGAAGAAAACAAUCAUCUCGUCUAGGAAGCUCGUCAAUGUCGGACAAAGGAGGGAAGGGGUCUUCUCUGCCCCCUAAGGGCAUCAAGUCCUCCCUAAAAUCCACUACUUCAAAUGGAGGGUCCUUUAAAGGGAAGGAAGAUGGUUCCACAAAAUCAAAGAAAGGGAGGAAGGUUCAGUUUGAUUCCGACAAAGUUUCACCAAAGUCCAGUGGGAAAACUGAAUCCCUAUUCUCUAAAGGUAAUACGGGGAAAGGAGGUAAAGGGGACAACACCGCGAGUACUGUAAAGAAAAGCCCUUCAAAGCCGCCUCCACCACUUGAGCUAAAAGUUGAGCAAGAACUCCCAAAAAAUGCUAAAUGCAUAAUGGAUGCUGAGGCUCUUCAGAUCUUACAAGGAAUCCAAGAUCAAAUGGUUAUACUGUCGGAGGACCCCUCGAUCAAAAUCCCCGCAUCCUUCGACCGGGGAUUGCAAUAUGCCAAAACCACGGGUAAUCGCUACACUGAUUACCAAUCCGUGAGAAGAAUUCUCGAGACACUUAAGGAGCACGGGGUCACUGAAGGCGAGAUAUGUGUGAUUGCGAACGUCGGUCCUGAGACUGCUGAUGAAGUAUUUGCUCUUGUCCCGUCGCUGAAGGGUAAGAAAGAGAAACUUAUGGAGCCCCUCAAAGGAGUACUGGACGAGUUAGCUAAGCUGAAACAGUUGGCAUAAGCGUAUCAUUUGUACAGAGCGAUUCCAGUAUGAUUAUGGUUAAUCCCGGUACCCUCACAUCAUAGGAUGAUGUUUUUGCGCAAUAUUUUGGGUAGUUGUUGAUAACUGAUGGUAACUGCUGGUUGGGCUUCUCCUUGUGUUGCAGUGGAAGUUUUUGGACCCAAAAUGCUUUGUAAACGGAAUGAUACAUCAUCUAAUCCAUUUCUUGUGAAAAUUUUAUUCCAA